AUGGCGUCUUCGACCGUCUCCAAGAUCCCCCAGGCGCACAAGCUCGCAGUCAUGAGCUUGUACUGGCGUCUCCUUAAGAACUCGGCGUCAGCUACCCGUGGGCCGGUCGGGUUCAUCUACAUGGCUCAGCGAUACAGGGCGGAGUUUGAGCGCUGGAAGAACACGGACCUCGAGGACGGGAAGCGUUUGCUGGAGCAGGGCGAGGAGCACUACGCGGCGACCAUCUGGCAGCCGUACAUCCGCCCGAACGCCCCGGGAUCCACUUUGUACGCGAGGAACCCCCCGCAGCUGACGUACCGCAUCCGGUACAUCCUCAACUACGACCGGGAAGGCUACGAGCCCGUCAUUGGGCCGUCCUACCAGGGUCCCGUGGAGCCGGGAGACUUCAAGGUGUACGACCAGGAGGAGAUCUGGGAGAUGGAGCGCGCGCGGUGGAAGAAGGAGCAGCUGGAGAAGGGGAAGAGUCCGGGGGAGGUGGAGGCCAUCCUGGCGCAGUCGCGCAAGGACGGGCAGGCGAUGCUGGGCGAGGAUCCGAACGGGAAGAACCAGAUCUCGUGGCUGGACAAGAAGUGGAACCUCGACUGGGGCCCGUACUGGCAGGACGGCCCCGACGGGACCGUGGCGGGCGGCAAGAUGGUGCUGCCGGAGAACAAGAGCUGGUGGAAGUGA